AUGACUGACUUUUCCGAGUUUCCAGUCGGUCAGUGUUUGUCCAGUAUCACAAACAAGCCACAGCAGGAUCCUCGCCAAAUGCUGCACCCGCUCGACGCAUGGCGCAAGUCUCUCGCUGUCAAGAUGCAUGUGGAUGGGAAUAUCGGAGCUGACGUGUAUUACCUGACUAUGCAAGCUGUGAGCUACAGAUUUGAGUGUGUCUUGUGCCGCUUGAUACGACGCUGCUGGCAGCAGACCCAACAUGCGGACUGGAGCGAGUGGGCCAAACAGCGGCUUCAGUCCGCCAUUCUGGAGUUGGACACAAUUACCAAGAGGGUUCUGGCAAGUGGUACCCUUCAGGACUUUCCCAUAUCUUUUAUAACCACAAUAAUUGCGCUGCUUGCUUUACACAUCGAAUCUGCCCUCGAUCCAACCGAGACAGAUCUCGUCCGUUCUAUGGCCCAGAUCUCAAUUAGCCAGACAAUGCUUGUUCUCACGCAGGGGAAAGAAAUACCAGCCCUGAAACGAGCCCUGCCAUUAUUUGAGGAUAUUCUUGCCAAGAAAAAUCUGUACUUGGUUCCACCCAGCAGUGUCGGUCAAGUACAAGAUAAUAGGAUGGACGAUGCAAAUGAUUCGUUGCAUACACAUGCAGAGCAGUAUGAGAGUAAUCCGUUACUUUAUGAUGAUUUCCUAGGAUUCGAUUUACUGGACGAGUGGCAGAUUGGACAAUUAGAUUUUAUUGGUUGA